UUUUGUCAACAUGAAGCCAACAACGCUGCUUGCUCUGCUAGUUGGAGUGUGUUGUGCAGUUGGAAAUCCGUUGCUGGGGCUAGUGGAUCCCGCGUGUUUUGUCGUCAGCAAUGAUGACUGUCCAAAUGAAAAUGUAACCUUUUGGCUUUACAGCAAUGCCACGCGUGAUGAUCCCGUGCAGCUGAAUCCACUUGAUCCCAAUCCCUGGGACUUUCAGCCACCGCGAGCGCUCAAAAUUAUUUUACAUGGCUACACAGGCAAUCGCGACUUUGCGCCCAAUAAUCACAUCAGACCCGUGCUGCUAGACCACGAGGAUGUCUAUGUUAUUUCCAUAGAUUAUGGUCCCUUAGUGCGUUAUCCUUGCUAUGUACAAGCGGUGCGUAAUCUCCCAGUGGUGAGCAAAUGUCUGGCGCAGUUGAUAAAUAAUUUAUUAGAUCGCGGCAUAGUGCAAAAUGAGCAGCUGCAUAUUAUUGGCUUCAGCCUGGGCGGCCAGGUCGCAGGUCAAACUUCAAACUAUUUGAAACGCAAGCCCAAGCACAUAACUGGGCUCGAUCCUGCCAAGCCGCUGUUCAUAUUAAGCGGCAAAGAUCGAAGGCUGGAUGCGGACGAUGCGGAGUUUGUGGAUGUGCUGCAUACGGAUACGCUGGGGCGGGGAAUGAUGCGCAGCAUGGGGCAUGUGGACUUUUAUCCGAAUUUUGGAGCGGUGCAGCCAGGCUGCAUGGAAGAGAACUCCAAUGAUCCAGGCUCGUGUAAUCAUGAGCGAGCGCCGCGUUUCUAUGCAGACUCCAUUAACUCCAAGCUGGGCUUCUGGGCGCGUCAGUGCUCCAGCUGGUUAAUUCAUCUCUUUGGUCUCUGUUCAACGCGUGCGCCCACAGCUUUGAUGGGUUACCAUGUGGGUAAGCAGCUAAGUGGCUCUUACUUUCUAAAGACAGCCAGCGCCAGUCCCUUUGCCUUGGGUCCAUUAGAAGAGGCAGACAAUAGCAAAUACUUGGCCAAGUUUAAGCUGCAUGAUAAACACAGCGAGAUCGAUGAGGACUUUGAGCUGCAGCUGCGUGAAUCCUUUCCAGAGCUGGAGGACAAUGAUGUGGACACCGAUGAGCUGGAACGGCAGUUAAUAUGGCAAGCGCAUGAAUCGCUUGAUGAGCCAUUAAAUUAA